AUGACUGUCUUUGAGAUUGUGGCACUUAUUUUAUUUGCAGUCUUCGUCCAAUUUGAUAGUGUUGCUUUGCCAACCUCUCAUGCUGAAUCUUUUCAUGGUGUAUCUUAUGCAAUGUUUCAAGAUAUUCAUGUCAUGAUCUUUGUUGGCUUUGGCUUCUUAAUGACAUUUUUAAAGAAAUAUUCCUUCAGUAGUGUUGGCUUUAAUUUACUUUUAGCCUCUUUUGUAAUCCAAUGGUCAACUCUCACCCUGGGGUUCUGCCAUUCUUGGUCUAAUUUUAGCCAUAUACUUAUCGAUACCGAAUCUUUAAUUGCUGCUGACAUAUGUGCAGCUGCAAUAUUGAUCUCCUUUGGAGCUGUACUUGGCAAGACGUCAACUUUGCAGCUAAUUGUUAUGGCAUUUUUCGAAGUUAUAUUCUAUUCCAUCAACGAAACUUUAUGCUUACAGUAUCUAAAAAUUAGCGAUAUGGGUGGAUCUAUCGUUAUUCAUGCAUUUGGAGCUUAUUUCGGUUUAGCAGUUGCCUUCGUAUUAUAUAGUAGAGAUGCAGUUGGUCAUGCCAACGAAGGAUCUUCCUAUCAAUCGGAUAUAUCAGCAAUGAUAGGUACCGUCUUCUUAUGGAUAUUUUGGCCAAGUUUCAACGCCGGCUUAGCGUCAGGAGAUCAACAGCAACGUGCCGUUUUCAAUACUUACUUUGCAUUAGCGGCAUGUACUUGCACAAGCUUUGUUGUCAGCUCACUUCUUGAUCGGGAAGGAAGAUAUCGAAUGGUUCAUAUACAAAAUUCUACUUUAGCUGGAGGUGUUGCUGUUGGAGCCUCAGCAAAUAUGCUUUUACCUAUCUGGCUAAGCAUGUUGACCGGUAUUAUCGCUGGUGUUGUCAGUGUUAUUGGAUACGAUUACAUAUCACCUUUCUUAGCAAAAAAACGAAUUCAUGACACUUGUGGAGUGAACAACUUGCAUGGUAUGCCUGCCUUGAUAGCAUCAGUUCUAAGUGCGAUUAUUGCGGCAACGGCUCAUUUCAGUACUGCUAUGCAAGCUGCAGGUAUUGGUGUGACCUUGGGUAUCUCCAUCUUAUCUGGACUAAUAACCGGUUACAUUAUCAAAUUUUCGAUAUUCGAUGAUGUAGAUAGCCAAGAUUUCCACUUAGAUUCGCCACAUUGGGAGGUAACAAUAAAGCGUUAA